AUGUUGCCGUGGUUUGAGUUAUUAAAUUGUGUUUUUAGACAUCAUCAGCAAGGUGCAACAAAGAUGGUUAACCCUCACUUUGAUGAUACAAUUAAGGUGAUUGGAGUGGAUGCAGAUGGUAAAAAGUAUGACAAAGUUUCACGUAUUGAAGCACGAGGGGAGGAAACUGACAUGCACAUUGUGUUGGAUGUGAAUUCACAAUUGUACCCUAUGCAUGCCGGAGAGAAAUAUCGGAUGGUUUUGUCACAAACUUUAAAUGAAGAUGGCUCAGCUGUUACCACUCAUACUCAAGGAAGCAAGAAAUCACUUGCUGACAGAUUUGAGUAUGUGAUGCAUGGGUUGUUAUACAAGAUCUCAGAUGAUAAGAACCAAAAUGGUGAUGCUGAAGUGGCUGUGUACAUAUCAUUUGGAGGGCUUCAACUGAUGAUGAAGGGGGCCCCUGUGAAGAUGGGUAAAUUUAAGGUGGAUCAAAGGCUGUUUCUUCUUUUGCUCAAGGAGUAAAUGUCAGUUGUUGGCUUUUUCUUGUAGAUGAAAAUGUUAGUUGUCAUCUUGUUUUAUUUAUCGUGGCCUUUGUUCAGACUUGAUGCCUAUGCCUUAAAAAUGGAAUUACGUGUAAAACUCAUUUAACAACUAAAAGCCACCAUAAUUUGUCA